AAUUAAUACAAAUUUGAAAAAAAAAAUGUGACCAUACAAAUUCGUAAUUUUUUUAUGAACCUCCACCACACUUGUAAAUGUACAGCUUUAGCGAGUGAACGAAAAUAAAUCAAAUACUUAGUAAAAAGAACUAAUGUCAAUGCAAAAAUGCGCUAAACUGUGUGAAAAGUCAAAAUUAUCCUUUUAAAGUGCUUUAUUUUUAUUUGGCUCGAAUGUGCUGCGCCAAUUCGCCAAUCGCCAAUUUGUCAAUGGAAUAAAGCGUUUAAUUACACAACUGCAGACGACUCCAAAACUUCAUUCAUCACAGGAAUUUCCUUUGCAGAUUGCUAAGCACGAAAAAGAUAUUCACCAUGCGUCACUAAUCAAGUGACUGCCACUUGCAAAUGACAUUAAUAGUAGUUGUGGUAAACAACUGCCAAAAAAAGAAACACUCACUCACAAAUUACCGUGUAGCUUAAGGCGAGCGAUAAAAAAAAUCGUAACCGCAGUAGCAACGUUCGACUAAAGGAAAUCGACAAAGUGAAAUAAACAGUAGCAAUUGGCAAAACCACGACUGGGAACAGGAAGAUUCACACUGCCGCGUGCAUUUACCGAUACAAGCACACGCACGUGCUUACAUACAUAUAUAAAUACAUAUGUACACACAAAUACCAAUACACUUGCAACCAAUGCAGCAAAAAGCGCACGAAUGUCAGCAACAACCGCCAACACCGCCAACUCGAUUAUUGCCAGCAAUCAGCAAGUGCCAUUGCCAGCAGCGAGAACGACAAUCAACAACAAGCAACGCAGUGGAAGUGGUUACAACGAGCACAACAACAACAACAACAAAAACAACAGCAGCAGUAGUAGCAGUAGCAGCAAUAAUUACAAUUUACGUCCAACGAUUGCUGUGAAACCAAAAGCCACCAACAAUAGCAAUAACUACAACAUCUGUGCUGCUUCACAUUUGAAAACACAAAACAGCAACAACGCCGACAACAGCAAUCAUAGCAAGAGCAACAAAAACUGUGGUGCAUAUAAUAACAACAAUAGUAACAACCACGGCAACAGCAAUAGCGCCAGCAGUGGCAUUGGUGGCUGCAGCAGCAUCGGGGGCAGCAGCAGCAACAACAACGAUAUGCCCGGCCGUCACAGCUGGGACCCGGGUCGCAUUGGUGUCGAGCAUUUGGCCGGCGCAUUGAGUCCCCUCUGCAUAACCGAUUCGAGUCAUGAAAUCGUGCGACCAAAGCCGCGUAGACCUACUGGCAACUUGCGCAGCGACUUAACCGUCGGCGUCUUCAGCCCGCAACCAUCAAACUCUCAACUCCACUGUCCCAUCGGCUCGCCCAGCGCAGCAGUUUUGCCUAACCAAAGUCAAAUGAGUGCAAUGCCUACAUCGCCUUCGACCGGCACCACAAUGACCGCCAACUCAACGCCGCUCAAUGCGCCAAAUGGUUUGAGUUCCUCCAGUGGACGCAUACAAAGCCCCGCGGUUGCCACGCCAGCGCAGCGCAUUUCCAAGGAAGUGGCCCAGCGUUUGAAUGGAGGCGUUGCUGUUGCCAGUAGCGCACCUACCGUGAUUGUGGGUUCUCCAACAACACAUCAUAGUAAUGCGCCCACCACUUCGAUUAAUAUAAGAAAUAUCAGGAGUCCACCAGCAGCACCGACUAAGCCAACGCCACAUCGCUCCAUGGCAGCGCCUGCGCGACUCACUGUGCAAAGCACACCAGUCAAGUCGCAGCCGCCGAUGUUGAGCGGUAAUUUGCCACCGCAGCAGCCGCAACCACCACAGCCGGUGACAGCGCAACAGAAGUCAUCAAGCGCGAGCGAUAAACGCCCGCUACCGCUAUCCUCUUUGGACUUGAGCAGCUGCAGUAUUGGCAUACCGACUGCAGAGUCAACCCCAGCGCAUGGCGCAACUAGUGGCGGUGGCUAUCAGCCCGGUGCGCAUACAAAAUCAACGAACACGACGACCAGCACACGCACACAUCACCACGAAUUCCGCGCGCUUCAGCGCGUGCAGGAGUGUCAUAGCUCGUCGGAUGAGAAUCGAUCAUCGGGGCAUGCCAGCAUGUCCGAUACAGGUGGUCAUGGCAGUUCCUCGCCCGGCGGUGGUGUAGCGCUUGGCCCACUACCAGAAGAUCGUCUCGCCGCUGGCGUCACCAAUCGCAGCACGCGCUCGCGCGCAAGCACCAAUCAUUCGCGCGCACGCCAUCGCGCUAUACCUGCUUCCAAAGCACCAUGGAGUGGUAGCGGACUGGAGGACAUCAAAUUGGCCAUACAACAACUUACAAUGCGCUCGCAGACGAGUACGAGCACGUAUAGCAGCCUCAGCGCAGGAUCAGAGAGUUCGGAACCCGCACGCCGCUUAGGUCGCUACUCUUCGCUGGAGACCGUAAACACAAAUGUGACCAGUGCCGACGAGUUUGUAUGGGUGGACUCACACAAUCGCCUUGUAGAAUUGCAGCAUCCGCCCUGGAGUCAGCACUGCAUUAUGCGCGUCGUACGAAAUGGCCGUUGCAAAGAGCAGGCGGAGCGUGUAUCAGUCGAAACCAUACCGCGCCUGGGUUAUCUGCUGCAACGCGCGUUGGUGCGCAUAGCGCGCGAAGUACAACGCCUCUCAGCCAGCCUGGGACUGUGCUCCAAACAAGAGGUGGCAGCAGCUUACAAAAUCGUUCUAUGUCCGGCAUUGGCAGACUCUUGCAUCAAGGCAUGCUUGCGCGCAGCAGCGAUGUUCGCUGUUACGGGCGACAGUGCGUUAAAGCAAAGCAAAUCAGCGCGUGCUGGACUACAGUUACCCGUGGGACGCUUUCAUCGUUGGAUGGCCGACGCGCGACUCGGCAAGUUCAUACAUGAAUACGGGGCGGUGUAUCUCUGCGCUGGCAUGGAAAAUCUGCUUGAGGAGCUACUUCUGCAAAGUUUUCCCGUGGAUCAUUCAAACCAACUAACUACGACCGUGUUGGACCAAUCUAUUGCACAUUCCGGUGAUUUGUGGGGUCUACUGCAGCCAUUCGCGCACCUGAAUGCAGGGCGAGUGGCUUCCGGUGCACUUACAAUGCCACGUUGGGCCAGUCUGUCAUCCCUCGGCUCGGGUACCCAGAAGAGUGGAAGCUCUGGCGCCAACAGCAAUGUGUCACUGGAGCCCUGUCUGCUCACGACCUGCGUUGGCAGCAUAAGCGAACUAAAAGACUUGACACUGCGCGCUCAACAGAAGUUUCAGCACACCGCACUUUCCAAUGCUGCGCUCUCUGCGCUGUUCUACUUCAUGCGUUGCUCGCAACUAGAGCACAGCGAUCUGAGCGGUGCACCAUCGAGUGUCAGUGGUAGCGCUGGCGGCAGCAGCCAAAAUGUGCAGGAGCUUUGCUACGAACGCGCAUAUGUGGUGCUACCGCCAUUGGUCGAAUGGCUACGUGUUGCCUCAGCGCACGCAGAGUACCGUCACGCGGUUAUGAUCGAUAAGGAUGAUAUCAUGCAGGCGGCGCGCUUGCUUUUGCCUGGCGUUGAUUGCCCCCUGAGGUCGAUCGCUCACGACGAAGAGCUACCUACAAAGAAGACACACUUUUCACAUCCUGGCGCUACUACACCCAUUGCGUCGAGCAUCAGCGAAGACACCACGGAGUUGGGCAAGCGCGCUACCAUCACUCUGGCUUUUAAGCUCAUGCUGACCGGACGUGCGGAGUUAUUGGCUCAAGCAGCCAACUUGUUGCCGCCCACUACGCGUUAUGAUACGUUGAACCACGCUGGACUCACGGCGCUUAUGAUCGCUGCUAUACGCAAUGACGAGGUGGUCAUACAAUCGCUGCUUGAUGCCGGCUGCGAUCCAAAUGUGGAGGUGCCACCAGUCGUGCAGACGAACUAUCCAGGCAUACAUCCAGACACACAGCACUGGACAGCAGUGACAUUCGCCGCGAGUCGCGCCAAUUACCUAGCAUUGCGUUUGCUCCUCGAGAGAGGCGGCAAAGUGGAAGGCGGGGCGCGCUUAAGCGAGGAGAAGCCAACGCUAACACCGCUGCAAGUAGCCUGCGGCUCUGGUAAUGUUGAAAUAAUUUCACUUCUGCUGGCGCAUGGCGCGAACGCCUUUCUCUCCACACAACAAAAGGACACUAUGUGUUUCGCCGGCGGUUCGGCGCAGCGUGGCUCUUAUUGUGCUAUCUCUGUAGCAGCCGCGCAUGGACAACGCGCUUGCUUGCGAAAGCUGCUCUCUCAUCCAAUGUCACCGGGGAUCAAAGAUGUACUUUCGCUCGAAGAAAUGCUUGCCGAAGGAGAACCAGUCGGUAACGCCACGCGUGGUGGGGGAGCCGCCGGUGCUGGAAAUGCGACCGGUGAACGCAUAAGCGCUGAUCUACCACUAACACUAAACAAGACGCAAAUCAAGAGCCUGCAAGAGGCAAUGUACCACAGCGCCGAGAACAAUCAUUUAGAUAUAACAAUAGAACUGCGCACCCUAGGCGUACCCUGGACGCUGCAUUGCUGGAUGCACGCCUUGGCGGCUGCGCAUGAGCUGCGCUUGGAUGCGGUAAUCGACCAACUGCUACAAGACUUCCUACAGGUCUGUCCUGACGACUACAGCGCGCAGUUUGUGAGCGAGUGCCUGCCGCUGCUCUUCAAUAUCUUCCGCUACAGUAAGAACGAGGGCACAACCCUUCUGCUGGCCGACAUCUUCGCCACCUGCUUCGGCUGGGAGACUAUCAAACCCAUAAAAGAGCCUGCGCUGCAGUCGGUGAACAGCUCACGUAUCGACCCGAAAUUUGUCAACAAUCCAGAGUUGAGCGAUGUGACUUUCAGAGUGGAGGGCAAAAUUUUCUAUGGUCACAAGAUAGUGCUCGUAACCGCAUCGCCGCGUUUCCAGAGCAUGCUCAGCUCCAAGCUGAGUGAGGGAAACAUGCCCACGGUGCAAAUCAAUGACAUACGCUACCACAUAUUCCAGUUGGUCAUGCAUUAUCUGUACAGCGGUGGCUGUGCUACACUGGAGGUCAGCAACGCUGACGUUUUGGAGCUGAUGGCGGCGGCGAGCUUCUUUCAGCUGGAGGGCCUCCUGCGCUACACCGAGUCACGCUGCUCUGAGAUGAUCGACAUCGACAAUGUGGUGGCCAUGUACAUACAUGCGAAGGUUUACAACGCCAGCAAACUACUCGAGUACUGCCAGGGCUUCUUGUUGCAGAAUAUGGUCGCUCUUCUCACCUAUGACGAUUCGGUAAAGCGUUUGCUCUUCGCCAAAAAGAUACCCAAUCACGAUGUGCUCUCAGGUCUGCUGCACACGCUACAACAACGCAUCAAGCAACGCAAGCCUGUAGGUGUGGGCAAUUUCCGCCAACAGCUAAGCUCGCCACCGCCCAGCAGUGGAGGCGCACAUUUGUUGAGCAGCAGUAUGGGCAACAGUGGCGGGGGUGGAAGUCUGGGCGCUGCUAAGAAGUAAAAUUUGACGCAUUGGGAAUGUAAAAUAGCGACAUUUAAAGGCUUACAAAUAUUUAACGAAGUGAAAAUAUGUAGAUUUAGUAUUUUUGAAAAAAAAAAAACUGAAAAGUGAAAAAUUAAUUAUAUGCGGCGUAGUUACAGUUAUACUUAUAUGAAUAUGGUAUAUAAAAAUAAUUAUAAAUGCUAGUACACAUACUAUUUUCAUUAUUUUUUAUAAGCGGAUUUCAAAAUUUUCGAAAAAAAAGUUUGUUCUUCCACGAAUACAAUUCACCCCAUCCGAAAAGCGAUAGCUAAAACACACUAUUUGCUUUCGAUGCGCAACGAAUACUAACAUCUUUGAGUCUAAAUUGUAUUUAUAAACAAUUAUGUUAACUGCUCAAAGCAAUAUAUUCGUAAGCUUUUUAUAGUCUUUAGUACUUGCGAAAUUUUCAAAUAGCCACCAUCAUUCCAUGUACGAAGCUUUUGUUUGUAGUUUAUAGCGAAAUUUAGAAGCAAUCUUGUAUGUAUGUAUAUUUAGUUUAAUCCCAGUUUUAUACUCUAAAUAAAUAAAUUAAAGAUAUCAACAAAAUUGUCUACUUCCUCACUG